AUGUCCCGCUCAGGUACAGAUAGUUUCCUCUAUCUACACGCCGAGCUCCUCCCUAAUAUCCGCCAAAUCACCCUCUACGUUUCCCUUCCCCAAAUCAGUGCACUAAAUAACGUCCGACCGACCAUACAGUUAUCAGAAUCCUGCAAGGCAGUCACAGUCUCGCUCUCGAAGCCUUUCCAAGAUGUGUCAGAGACAAUCAAGCUUCCGGCGCGCGUCAACGACGCGUCUCGCCGAGCAUUGAACACGAGCGCCAGCCCAACAAUCAUGCACAAUCCGUCCCAAUCAAAGGGUACCAGCCAUGACUACUCUUUUAGGAUGCAGAUCGAUGCCAAGGAGCCGGCUCUCGCACCUCGCGACGAAAUUAUGGAUGAUUACGUACCCUGGACAGCUGCGGAUAUGUCUUCCUCGACCCGUAUUCGUUGCCGAAAGUGUGGCGCGACCUUCCUCGAUCCAGCAAUGUCCGCAAAUAUACCGGAAGAAGAAGGGACUGAGGUUCCGGCUAAAUGGACUUGGAAAGAUUUACCAAGUGGGAAUUGGGCGGAGAUGAUGGACUUCUGGCACUGCCACAAGCCUGACCCCCACGAGGACGACCCAAAGUCCGAAGCCACAGUCGCUCUCAAGAUUGAGGAGCAAAGUGCCCAGAUUAAGGGAUACGGGGCAUCCAGCCGUGUUGAAGCGAUCCCUGCUACUGUCUUGAUCGAUGUGGCUACUUUCCUACUGGCGGAGUCCGACUGUGUAGGCUUGAAAAAGAGCGAUCAAGAGGAAGCCCAAUCUAGUACAGAGGCUUCAGAACGACGAACAUUAGAGUGCAUGAACUGCAGCACUAUUAUUGGCAUGGAAGAUUCGUCGGCCAAUGGAUGGCGGCUACUCAAAGCAAAUGUAUCCUUGAACACCAAUUCCGUGCCUGUUACAGACGAAGAAUGGCAAAGCCACCCCGAAGAGAUGAUUGUCGCGGCACAAUUGCUAGAGCUGAUUGAACGUGAAAGUGCUCGAAGAUUCGUCGUUCAUUGCGGCCAAAAAAGUGGACUAUUGCUCUGGGUCUUCAAUCCCGACCUACGCUAUUCGAAUUCCUCUUCCGGAUACAGUGUUAACGCCCAACAAGCCAUGAAAGUGUUCUACCAGAACGUUGAUGACGUGGACAAACUCCUCAGCCCAGAACUUGGAAAAGUCAGCCCAUUAUCGGUGGAAGAGCUCGAAUUGCCCUCUUCGAUACUACAAUCCUUAUCCUUCUCCCUUGAAAAAAGCAACAACAUGCUUCCUCUUUCAGCGAGAAGGUUUAACGAAUGGCACGUCGGCUUGUUGAGCCGAUUCAGUCGUGAGCAAACGGCUGCCUCUGCCUCA